GGUCGAUCGUCGCGGAUGGGGAGGUUGUGUCUACGAUAUUCUUUCCAUCGCCGCUGCGUCACAACCUCGUACUCAGCUGGGACCUUCGGCUGGGCUUUCGUGACGGGAAAGAGUGAUCGGACGGCGAGCAGCACCUUGGCUUCCCGACGGCAUCGCUGAGGUCUGUGCAUGAAGAUGGUGGACAAUUCAUCAUACACUAUGGUGACGAGACGCCCUCCACCGCCUUCGAGAAACCCCGUCAACCCAACAGACCACCACAACAACAACUUCCUGGCGGAGGUCACCACCAACACCACCAACACGACCCCCGUCACCAGCCUGCCCUCCCUGAGCCACCCCCUCCUCGCGCAGAACGACAACGGCCACAGGAUCAGUCUGGGGUCGCUCCCGCCCCGGCCCUCGCCCGCCACCGGCCCUUCCCGAAGCUUCCAGGACAACUCGAGCGCUUCCAGUCCUCGUGCCGCACUCGGCGUCAAUGGCAACCUGGGAGGCAGCGUCCUCGGCCAGCAGCAGAUGGGGAGCAGCGCGAUGCCGCCCGGGAGCCACGAGUGGGACGAGGAGGUCGGCUGCGGCGCUCCGGGAUCGACCCUCACCAAGUCGGCCACGCAGCCCAGCCUCAGCCCCGCCGGGCCCCUGCGGCGCUCGCCGGCCUCACCCACGUGCCAGAGCGAGGACGGGUUCAGCUGCUCGGCGGCGACCGGCGGCGACGCGGAGGCCACAACCACGGUCUGUGCGUCUCCGCCUGCGACAGCACGGACGACCUGCACGGGGGGGCGAGACCGAGAAGCAAACGUCGGAUCUCCACAGGAACAUAACACGUUGAUAGUUAGGGUCAUUCAGGGUGAGAGGAAUGGGGCCCGGGUAUUCAUCAGGCCCCAUAAACCCAGUGGCUACAAAUUUAGCGGGUUUAAGGAGCCUGAGAUGAAUCCACAAUCCACCCGAGCACACAUCACAUCUGCAGUUCCUUUCCUCUUCCUCUCAUGUCAAAGCUAUGAUCAAAAAUUACGAACCAAGCCCUUAAAAACUAUGCCAUUAAUCCUGAAAUACGAGCCGCAAAAUGCCACAGCUCGCGAGUUCUUCCCGCUCAUCAGUCUAAAGAUUAAGCAAAUGUCGGAUGCAGCAAAUCUGGAAUGUCACAGCUCAACUGAUGAAGGUCAUGAAAGUGAUGAAGACACCAUGGACUCGUACUCCAGCUUGGAGGACGAGAUCGACGACGAGCCGGACCUCGCCUGCUCCGACCCGAGCCUCGGCCAGCAGAAGCCCUUCCUCCAGGGCAACGCCGCCCUCCCGACGCCCAGAACCCGGACGACGCAGGACACCAUCAUCAGAAUGUCCACGCCCGUGCAGUCGAGUCCGGAGUCGGCCAUGUCGGGGUCGAACAGCCUGGACUUCAGCUACGGCAUCGACUCCGCCGACUCGCUGUUCUCCUCCACCGAAUCGGAUCUCACCCUCGAGUCCGUGGUCAACGCCACUCGGAGCAUCAAUUUAGGGGAUUCGUAAUUGGAUUUUGAUUUUCUAUUUUCAGUUUUCUUAUUUUUCUUUGUUUAUUUGCUUGCAUGAUGGGAUGUAUUAGCAUGUAAACCUUACAUACCGGAAAUACAGUUCUUUGUAAUGGUCAUAUAUUAGAUCCAUCAUUUAUAUUCAUAACGGUACUGUAUUAUUGAAUCAAGUUACAUUUCUAAAAAAAGGAUCAUUUAUGGAUAACAAAUGUUAAAAUGGACCGAACAUUUGGUAGUGAUACAAAUUCAGUAUUAUCCUGUUUUGGAAGACAGGUGGUAUUAUAGAUAUAUUAAGGAACAGUGUGAAUUUUUGGCGAGUUGGUACAGGAGCAGAAUUAUUUUUACAAGAACGGUUAUUUAGUCAUUAAUCAGCAAUUUGAUUUUCUUAAAUUUUGUCAUGGUAUGUAAUUUGAUUAUGUAUUAUAAAUCAUAUUCAUGUUAGGGUGAAAAACUAUGAAGACUGGAAUACUGGCGAGCGAACCGGGAAUAUUACAGUAUGCAAAUUUACACAGCUUGAUUGCGUGAUUGCUGUUAAUUUGGCCGUGUUGUUAAAGAAAAAUACAAAGGGAGACCGAACAACUAGCAGUUUUAUAAUUCGAUUCUCUUUCGUCCACUAAGUUGUAGCAUUACAAACGAUGUCAUUGAAAUGUUUUUUUUUUUUUUUUCAAGAAACUCCUAUUCUGGUUAUACUUUAGUUUUUAACUUCUUAGCUCUAUGUCUAUACAUGCUUUUAAGAUGAUUCAAGAAGCUACACAGAUAAUCAUGAUAUAUGGUAGAUACAUCAAUCGUGAUUACAAUGCUCUUUAGCAUAGCAGACACUGAUUCCGCAAACCAUUCCGAGUUCAAACCAAACAGGCGUUAAUCAGUGUAAUUCGCGUGAACACAAUUAUUUAAUGCAUUUGACAGGAAAUCCAGAUGCACGCUUAUGCGACACAGUUCGACUGCGUUCACAUACUUAGCAAUAUGAGCAGACUACUUGCUAGAUCGUUUCUUCAACAGAGCCACCUUUGCUUAUCCAUCUCGUACGUUUUACUCUUACUGUGUGUGAAAACCUAAUUCCUGAAGAUCUCGCCCCGUAAUUACACUGCCCCUUCAGAUAAUAAUCCGCGAUCUGUCACUCAUCGUAUUCCUCCUAACACAAGUCUACCUAGUACGUGUAAUGUUUCAAAGUACUAUCUAAUGUUAAAUGUGUGUGAUUUUGUCACUCUUGCUCUUUCAAAACAAAGGAAUUUUGACUCGUUUCAUAGGAGGUGAAAACUGAAUACUAAUUGUGCCAAUAGUUUAAUAAUGCAUUCAGUGAUCAUACACAGGUACAAAUACCGUUAAUCUUUCCUCAUUACCUUCUGCCUUAAAAGUAUAUUCAUAUAUAUAUUCCAAGUGUGAUAACUUCUAACUUUAGUUCCACUGUUUACAUAUUCCAACAGCAAGCGUCAUAUGGUAGAAUCUACUUCCUCUACACACCUAAGCUGUAUAGAUGCGUCUGCUGCCUGCCCCUUCAUUCAUACCAAAAGUGGAAUUAAAUUUUGCCUGUCACUAUGCAGCUGUCUAGUUAUUUGUAUUGACUAGAAGAGAAUGUUUAGAUUUGUGUACAAUUCGAAUGCUGUAUGUUUAAGGUGAUAUUUAUACAAAAGGUAAGAUUACCAUUAUCUUAACUUCUUUUUAUAUAGUUUUAGUAUACAUAUCAUAAAUCCAGAUCUACAUUAACGAAAUUUUUAUGGUUUAUAUUCUCUAUACAUUCUUA